AGUGGAUGGAGGCUGCGAUGCACAUGGCCCAAGAUGCCCUAGAAAAUCUUGAAGUUCCUGUCGGCUGCCUCAUGGUCUACAACGAUGAAAUUGUGGGGAGGGGAAGAAAUGAGGUCAAUCAAACCAAAAACGCUACCCGGCAUGCAGAAAUGGUGGCCAUCGACCAGGUUCUGGAGUGGUGUCAUCGCUGCGGCAAGAGCCCCUCAGAAGUGUUUGAGCACACAGUGCUCUAUGUCACGGUGGAGCCCUGCAUCAUGUGCGCAGCUGCUCUCCGCCUGAUGAAGAUCCCACUGGUUGUCUAUGGCUGUCAGAAUGAGCGAUUUGGUGGAUGCGGUUCCGUGGUGAAUAUUGCCUCUGCAGACCUGCCGCAUACGGGGAAACCGUUUCAGUGCGUUCCUGGAUACCGGGCGGAGGAAGCAGUGGAAAUGCUAAAGACCUUCUACAAACAAGAAAACCCAAAUGCUCCAAAGUCCAAAGUUCGCAAAAAGGAAAGCCAAAAGCCUUGAACCGGCCUUGAUGCAGGACAGCUGCCCCAAAGUGACCGAGUCUGCUCCUUGUAAACGCCUACUGGCUUUUCCUGCGGAGCCCUGGCGGCGUGUCGGGAAACGCUGGGCUGCUACCACGAGGUCGGUUGUUCAAGCCCGCCAGCUGCUCUUCAGAGAAAGAUGAGGCCGUCUUCUUCUAUAAGGAUGGACAGCCGUGGAACCCCUCUGUGGGGGCUGGGUUCACUGACGGGGUUCGGGGGGGUUUGCUGGGCCCUACCACGCUCUGAUGGAGCAUCUCGACUGGGAGGGAAAGGAGCGGGUCGCACCAGGCCCUCUGGUUAAACCAUGGUGCCCAGCGCCGGAGAGGGGUGCAGAGACAUGGCGAGAAGCCCCGCGGACGGACGAGCUGGCCACACGCUCCAGCGCGGAAACGGAUUCUCGCCCUGCAGACCUGGGGUUCUCCCGCGAGUCCGGACCGGACGUCGUGAUCCCAGCAGCGUUGCAAAGGGCACUUCAACGUGUUCGCGGGAGAGUUCCAUUAGCUGCUCAUUUCAUUUUCCCACGGCCUUGAAGCCCCUUCUUACGUACAUGCGUGGUAGGAAGUGACGUUUGCUUUCAUAAAGCACUGCUAGAAAAUCAUCCUUUUACACCAAGUUGGUAAAGGGACAUUCAGAAAAUGAUAGCAUAUCACUGUGAUAAGACCACACUCAGGCCUUCGUUGAGAGGAGUCGUUUUCACAAUAAAAGACAACAUCCAAAAGGGCUGAUUCCGUCUGGUUUUGAGCACAGUCCCGGCCAGUGAACCAAGCACAGGCCUUUACCCUCUGGGGGCUUCUGUUCUGGGAGUUGUACCGUUAAAGAGUGUUGUGAAUUUCUGCAAAAAGAGAAAAGGGGCGAAGGGCUGGGAGUUCCCCUGGGUGGGAACACCGGCUUGCAGAAUUAUUAAAUAGAACGGUCUGUUUGGUCUGUAA